AUGGCCUCCGAUAUUGAGUAUUACGCUCUGGAGAAUGAUAUCAGCAAAUUCUUCCAAACUUACACUUCUGCAACACGAGAGCAAUGCGAUCAAUACGCUGCCUCGGUCGCUGGCGAACCCGUUACUCCUGAACCAAUUCAGGGUAUGUGGAGCUACACGGUGACAGCAGGACCGAGGUGGUCCAUCGUCCAAUUCCGAGCACCCUCAUCGCUCCUCGACAUGGAGCUCCUGUUGCUUGCACGAGAUACGCAUGGGCCUAUUGUGCCCGAAUGCGUGUACCAGGGAGCCAUUGGCCACCCGAUGCCGCUACCCGUUUAUCUCAUGGAAAAGCUUCCUGGAGUCCCCUAUUGUCUGGAAAAACUGCGAGGACUCAGCCCUAGCAGUCCGAUGUCCCCUGCAGCAACAUCUCGAGUCAUGAACACUGUAGCCGACUUUGCCAGGUUGCUCCUCUUCUUCCACGAUGCUGCUUUAUACGGAGCCAAGACUGAUGGACAGAUUCUUCGCCUACUCUUGGCGGAAUCCGCAGGCAAUGGAAACAUGAUCGGUGUUCUGGCCGAUGCCUUGCCCUCCCGCUUUACUGACAAGCUAAUCUUCCUCGGCGAAAAGCUUCCUUCACUAUUCUCAUCGCCAUAUCCUCUCGUUCUUAGCCAUAACGACCUCUGUGAGAUGAAUGUCCUCGUCGAUCGUCAUACCGGCCACAUUACAGGUGUCAUCGACUGGGAGGAGGCCCGUAUCCUCCCAUUCGGCUUUUCUCUCUGGGGGCUCGAGAAUGUGCUUGGAAAUAUGGACUCUGAGGGCUGGCACUAUUACGACAACCGCGAGGCGCUCGUUUCCUUAUUCUGGCAGGUCUUCAACGAGGAAGUUGGGUCGACCUCGGAUAGACAGGCAAUCGAAGUGGCAAGGACGGUUGGAAUAUUCUAUCGAUACGGCUUCGCUUGGGCUCAAGACUCUUGGGCGGUGGUCCUUUAUAGAUGGACCAUCUUGGAAGGCUUUCUCAAACGCAAUUUCUACGCUGUCCAAGUUGCUCAGACUAGCGGUUAA